AUGACCAACUCUUGCUGUGACAUUGAGCGUAUCGCUGCUGCUUCGUGUCCCUCUCUUUUGAUGGAGACCUCUCGCGAUGACUUCACUUCUGACAGGUUUCGAAAGACGGUCACCGUUUCGCUGAUUUUUGAUCUUCAAGCUCAUGUUUCGCACUUGAGAGGAGACGACUUUGUAAGGAACCGCUGGGCGAUGCUUUGUGUUUCCGACAGCGGUAAAAGAUGCAACCCCAGAGCCAAGCCGCAUAAACGGUCUCAGUCGUUGACCGGUAGUGAUCUUUCGGUUCAAGUUCCCAAAAAGGUCGAGUCACAAGAGUUGGAAAAUCAGUACCAAACUUGGUUUCUUGACCGACACCACCGCUCAAGGGUCAGCGCAACCGACCGAGCAGACAGUAUUGCGUUCAUCAAUCUGCGACGUAUUCGGUGGAUGGAGGAGGGUCCAAGAAUAACGGGAAACGGGUGA